GGAGCGUCUUCUUCUUCAUCGCUGGACAAACUAGGCGAGAUGGAGACGUCAACAGAAGACCAGACGGAUCCAGAACCUUCAGCAGAAAGUAUAGCUUUCAAGAUUCGUCUUGAGUUUGUGUCGAGGGUUUCAUUAGAAAUCCUUAAACAGCUCUUAGAUUACCUGGAAAGAGAUCAAGUUUUAAAUGCAAGUGAGACCAGAGCUAUACUUGAGAGUAACCAAACCAAGGAUGAUAAGGCCCGCAACCUCAUCGACUCCGUGAGACAUAAAGGGAAUGAAGCCUGCCAGAAGAUGAUAAAACAUAUCCAAACCUGUGACAUUCAUCUUUACUCUGAGCUGCUUUUGACCUCUGAUCCAUCUGCUCAGAAAGGAGCUCUUCAGAAGUGUCAGCCUAAACUCAAAUCUGCUCUGAAGAAGAGAUUUGAGUGUUUCUAUGAAGGGAUUCCUGUAGCAGGAAAUAAAACGUUUCUUAAUCGAGUCUUCACAGAGCUCUACAUCACAGAGGGAGGGACUGCAGAGGUCAAUAAUGAACAUGAGGUCAGACAGAUUGAAACAGCAUCCAGGAAACCACACAGACCAGAAACACCCAUCAGACAAGAAGACAUCUUUAAACUCCCACCUGGAAGAGAUGACCCAAUCAGAACAGUGAUGACAAAGGGAGUGGCUGGCAUUGGGAAAACUGUCUUAACACAGAAGUUCACUCUGGACUGGGCUGAAGACAAAGCCCACCAGGACAUCCAGUUCUUGUUUCCACUGACUUUCAGAGAGCUGAAUGUGCUGAAAGAGGAAACGUUCAGCUUGGUGGAACUUGUUCAUCACUUCUUUACUGAAACCAAAGAAGCAGGAAUCUGCAGCUUUGAAGAGUUCCAGGUUGUCUUCAUCUUGGACGGUCUGGAUGAGAGUCGACUUCCUCUGGACUUUAAAAAAACUAAAAUCCUAAUUGACCCUUGGAAGUCCACCUCAGUGGAUGUGCUGCUGACUAACCUCAUCAGGGGGAAACUGCUUCCCUCUGCUCGCCUCUGGAUAACCACACGACCUGCAGCAGCCAAUCAGAUCCCUCCUGACUGUGUGUGCAUGGUGACGGAGGUCAGAGGGUUCACUGACCCACAGAAGGAGGAGUACUUCAGGAAGAGGUUCAGAGAUGAGGAGCAGGCCAGCAGGAUCAUCUCCCACAUCAAGAAUUUAAGAAGCCUCCACAUCAUGUGCCACAUCCCAGUCUUCUGCUGGAUCACUGCUACAGUUCUGGAGGAUGUGCUGGAAACCAGAGAGGGAGGAGAGCUGCCCAAGACCCUGACUGAGAUGUACAUUGAAUUCCUGGUGGUCCAGACCAAAGUCAAGAAGUUGAAGUUUGAUGGAGGAGCUGAGACGGAUCCAGCAUGGAGUCCAGAGAGCAGGAAGAUGAUUGAGUCUCUGGGAAAACUGGCUUUUGAUCAGCUGCAAGAAGGAAACCUGAUCUUCUAUGAACCAGACCUGACAGAGUGUGGCAUUGAUAUCACAGCAGCCUCAGUUUACUCAGGAGUGUUCACACAGAUCUUUAAAAAAGUGAGAGGACUGUACCAGGAGAAGGUGUUCAUGUUUGUCCAUCUGAGUGUUCAGGAGUUUCUGGCUGCUCUUCAUGUCCGUCUGACCUUCAUCAACUCUGGAAUCAAUCUGAUGGGACCAAAACCCUUCCAGAAAUCUGAGACUAGAGAGGAGACUCUACUCUACCAGAGAGCUGUGGACGAGGCCUUAGAGAGUCCAAAUGGACACCUGGACUUGUUCCUCCGCUUCCUCCUGGGUCUUUCACUGCAGACCAAUCAGAGUCUCCUACGAGGUCUGAUGACACAGACAAGAAGUAGCUCACAGACCAAUCAGGAAACAGUCCAGUACAUCAAGAAGAAGAUCAGUGGGAAAGUGUCUGCAGAGAGAAGCAUCAAUCUGUUCCACUGUCUGAAUGAACUGAAUGAUCGUUCUCUAGUGGAGGACAUCAAACAGUUCUUGAGACCAGGAAGUCUUUCCACAGAUUAUCUGUCUCCUGCUCAGUGGUCAGCUCUGGUCUUCAUCUUACUGUCAUCAGAAGCUCUGGAGGUGUUUGACCUGGAGAAAUAUUAUCCUUCAGAGGAGGCUCUUCUGAGGCUGCUGCCAGUGGUCAAAGCCUCCAGCAAAGCCCUGUAA